CCGUACGCUCUGAAGCGCCGGCCGCGGAGGUUUCUGACAUAUUCCCUGGGAUCCAACCAGGCAGGAUGGCGGAGGAAGGAGCCGUAGCUGUCUGCGUGCGGGUUCGGCCGCUCAAUAACAGAGAAGAAGCAUCUGAAAAAGAUACUCAAGUGUACUGGAAAACUGACAAUAAUACAGUUUAUCAAGUUGAUGGGAGUAAAUCCUUCAAUUUUGAUCGUGUCUUUCAUAGUAAUGAAACUACUAAAAAUGUGUAUGAAGAAAUUGCAGUACCAAUCAUAGAUUCUGCCAUCCAAGGCUACAAUGGUACUAUAUUUGCCUACGGGCAGACUGCUUCAGGAAAAACAUACACCAUGAUGGGUUCACAAGAGUAUUUGGGAGUAAUACCCAGGGCAAUUCAUGACAUUUUCCAGAAAAUUAAGAAGUUUCCUGAUAGGGAAUUUCUCUUACGUGUGUCUUACAUGGAGAUAUACAAUGAAACCAUUACAGACUUACUUUGUGACACUCAAAAAAUGAAGCCUUUAAUAAUUCGGGAAGACUUCAAUAGGAAUGUGUAUGUGUCUGACCUCACAGAAGAAGUUGUUUAUACAUCAGAAAUGGCUUUGAAGUGGAUCACUAAGGGAGAAAAGAACAGGCAUUAUGGAAUUACAAAAAUGAAUCAGCGAAGUAGUCGUUCUCAUACCAUUUUUAGGAUGAUUUUGGAAAGUCGAGAGAAAGGUGAACCUUCUAAUUGUGAAGGAUCUGUCAAAGUGUCCCAUUUGAAUUUGGUCGAUCUUGCAGGCAGUGAAAGGGCUGCUCAAACAGGUGCUGAAGGUUUGCGACUCAAGGAAGGCUGUAAUAUAAAUCGAAGUUUGUUUAUUUUGGGACAAGUGAUCAAGAAACUUAGCGAUGGACAAGUUGGUGGUUUCAUAAAUUAUCGAGAUAGCAAAUUAACACGAAUUCUCCAGAAUUCCUUGGGAGGAAAUGCAAAAACACGUAUUAUCUGCACAAUUACCCCGGUGUCUUUUGAUGAAACACUUAGUACUCUCCAGUUUGCCAGCACUGCCAAAUACAUGAAGAAUACUCCUUAUGUUAAUGAGGUAUCAAGUGAUGAAGCUCUCCUGAAAAGAUAUAGGAAAGAAAUAAUGGAUCUUAAAAAGCAAUUAGAGGAGGUUUCUUUAGAGACUCGAGCUCAGGCAAUGGAAAAAGACCAACUAGCCCAGCUCUUGGAAGAAAAAGAUCUACUUCAAAAAGUCCAGAUUGAGAAAAUUCAAAACCUAACAAGGAUGCUAGUGACAUCUUCUUCCCUAUCAUCGCAGCAAGAAUUAAAGGCUAAAAAAAAACGAAGAGUCACUUGGUGCGUGGGGAAAAUUAACAAAAUGAAGGACUCAAACUACGUAAAUGAAUUUAAUAUGGCAGCGAAUGUAACAACAAGAACACAUAAGGCUGCUGUAAGUUUAGGAGAAAUUGAUGAAUCUCUCUGUUCAGAGUCUGAUGUUUUCAGUAACACUCUUGAUACAUUGACUGAGAUAGAAUGGAAUCCAGCAACAAAGCUACUAAGUCAGGAAAACUUAGAAAGUGAAUUGAAUUCACUUCGUGCUAACUAUGAUAGCCUGGUACUAGACUAUGAACAAUUAAGAAGAGAAAAUGAAGAAAUGGAAUUGAAAUUAAAAGAAAAGAAUGAUUUGGAUGAAUUUGAAGCUCUGGAAAGAAAAGCAGAGAAAGAUCAAGAGAUGCAACUAAUUCAUGAAAUUUCCAACUUAAAGAAUUUAGUUAAGCAUGCAGAAGUAUAUAAUCAAGAUCUUGAGAAUGAACUAAGUUCAAAAGUAGAGCUGCUUAGAGAAAAGGAAGACCAGAUUAAGAAGCUCCAGGAAUACAUAGAGUCUCAGAAGUCAGAAAGUAUGAAAAUGGACUUGUCAUACUCAUCGGAAAACACUGAAGACCUAAAACAAAUGAAACAGACUCUGCUUGAUGUCGAAACUGUAGCUCUUGAUGCUAAGAGAGAAUCAGCCUUUCUUAGAAGUGAAAAUCUAAAGCUGAAAGAGAAAAUGAAAGAGCUUGCAAGUACAUGCAAGCAGAUGGAAAAUGAUAUGCAGUUAUAUCAAAGUCAGUUGGAGGCGAAAAAGAAAAUGCAAGUUGAUCUGGAGAAAGAAUUACAAUCUUCUUUUUGUGAAAUAACAAAACUCACCUCCCUUAUAGAUGGCAAAGUUCCAAAAGAUUUGCUGUCUAAUAUGGAAUUGGAAAGAAAAAUAACCCAGCUGCAGAAAGAAUUGAAUAAAGCAGUCGAAGAAAAUGAAACUUUGCAUAAUGAAGUUAAUUUGCUGUCAGAAUUGAAAUCUUUACCUUCAGAAAUAGAAAUGCUAAGGAAAGAGAUACAUGAUAAAUCUGAAGAGCUCUAUAAAGUAACAUCAGAAAAAGACAAAUUGUCUUCUGAAGUAGUUGAUAAGGAAAGUAGAAUUCAAGGUUUACUUGAAGAAAUUGGGAACACUAAAAAUGACCUACCAACUUCCCAGUUGAGUUGUGAAAGCACUGAUCAAGAAUUCCAAGAUGUUAAAAAUCAUCAUAUUGAAUUUGACCAAAAGUAUAAGAUGGUCCUUGAAGAGAAUGCAAAAUUGAAUCAAGAAAUAGGAAAUCUCUCUAAAGAAGCUGAAGAACUUGGGUUAAAUUUGGAGGCUUUGAAGACAGAGCUCUCUCACAAAACCCAAGAACUUCAGCAAAAAACAACUGAGAAUCAAGAAAGAUUAAAGGAAGUGGAAGGACUGAAGGAACAAUUAGAAAGUAGGGAUUCUAGGCUGCAAACGUUAGAAAAGGAGAAAACUCUGAUGACUGAGAAACUUCAACAAACCUUAGUAGAAGUAAAAACCUUAGCCCAAGAAAAAGAUGAUCAAAAACAACUCCAAGAGAGCCUACAAAUUGAGAGGGACCAACUCAAAAGUGACAUUCAAGAUACUAUAAAUAUGAACAUAGACACCCAGGAACAACUACGAAAUGCACUUGAGUCUUUGAAACAGCACCAAGAAACAAUUAACUUGCUAAAAAUGAAAAUUUCUGAGGAAGCUUCCAAGAAUUUGCAUAUAGAGGAAAACUUAGAAGAAACUAGGGAUGAAUUUCAGGAAAAGAUGGUUGGCAUAGAUAAAAGCCAAAAUUUGGAAACCACAAAAACCCAAGCUCUGAGUGCAGAUGCUGAGGAUAAUGAGCUAACUGAGCAACAGAGAAAGGUAUUGUCUUUAAUACAGGAGAAAAAUGAACUGCAACAAAUGUUAGAGAGUGUUACAGCAGAAAAGGAGCAACUGAAGACCGACCUGAGAGAAAACAUUGAAAUGACAAUUGAAAACCAGGAAGAAUUAAGAAUUCUUGGAAAUGAACUUAAAAAACAACAGGAUAUUGUGGCACAAGAAAAGAACCGUACCAUUAAGAAAGAAGAAGAGCUUUCUAGGACCUGUGAAAAACUAUCAGAAGUUCAAGAAAAGCUAAAGGAAAAGAGCCAACAACUGCAAGAAAAACAGCAGCAACUGCUUAGUGUACAAGAAGAGAUGAAUGAGAUGCAGAAAAAGAUGAAUGAAAUGGAAAACUUAAAGAAUGAACUAAAGAACCAAGAAUUAACAUUGGAACAUAUAAAAAUUGAGAAGAUAGAGUUAGCUCAGAAACUUCAUGAAAAUUGUGAGGAAAUGAAAUUCAUAACCAAAGAAAGAAAUGAUCUAAAGAAAUUAGAGGAGUCAUUCGAAGUAGAGAGAAAUAAGCUUAAAGAACACAUCAGAGAGAUUGAAGCUACAGGUCUAGAAACAAAAGAAGAACUACAGAUGGCCCACAUGCAUCUAAAAGAAUACCAAGAAACUAUUGAAGAACUAAGAAGAGACAUUUCUGAGAAGACAGCUCAGAUAAUAAAUAUUCAGAAGAACUUAGAAAAAUCCGGUACUGAACCGCAGGAAAAGAUCCAAGCAUCUCAAGACAAACAAGAACAGUCCUUCAAUAUGAAAGAAAAGGACAGUGAAGCUAAGAAAAUAAUGAAUGAGAUGGAGCAAUUGAAGGAGCCAUUCAAAGACUCAUCACUACUAAAGCUAGAAAUGGAAAAGCUCGAAUUGUCUGAAAAACUUCAAGAAAGUCUUGAUGAAGUGAAAUCUGUAGCUAAGGAGAGAGCUGACCUUGAGAGGCUACAAGAAUUUCUUCAAUCUGAGAAGAACCAACUCCAAGAAAACCUAAGAGAAAUGGCAGCUAAACAACUAGAAACUGAAGAGAAACUUCAAGUUGCUCAUUGUCACCUAAAAGAACAAGAGGAAAUUAUUGGUAAACUGAGAGUGGAUCUAUCAGAGAGAGAAACUGAAAUAUCACACAUUCAACAGGAAUUAGAAACAGCAAAUGAUGAAUUACAGAAAAAGACACAAGAGCUUCAUGAGAAACAGUUUAUUACCAUCAAAGAAAUCAGUGAGACUCAGGAAAAAAUGAGUGAACUGGAACAAUUAAAGGAACAUCUCAAAGCCAAAGACUCAUCACUGCAAAGAAAAGAAAGCGAGAGGCUUGAGUUGACCGAAAAACUUCAGGCAAGUCAAGAAGAAUUAAAAACCAUCGUUAAGGAAGAAGAUGAACUGGAAAGGGUGCAGGAGGCCCUUCAAAAGGAAACAGACCAACUCAAAGAAAACACUAAGGAAAUUGUAGCUGAUAUUCAAGAACUUCAGGAAGAAGAGCAUCAACUUCUUGAGAUGAAAGAUGUCAGUGAGACUUGGGAAAAAAUAUGUGAAAUGGAAAACUUGAAGAAGCAACUUGAGGCCCAAAAGUCAACUCUAGAAAAUACAGAAUGGGAGAACAUCAAGUUAACUCAGAGACUCAAUGAAAAUAUUGCAGAAAUAAGAUCUGUUACAAAAGAAAGAGAUGACCUUAGGAAUAUGGAGGAGACUCUCAAAGUAGAAAUAGACCAGCUCAAGGAAAACCUAAGAGAAACAACAAGUAGAGACCUGGAAAGACAAGAGGAGCUAAGAACUGCCCAGAUGAAUCUGAAAGAGCACCAAGAAACUAUCGAUAAACUCAGAGGAAUUGUUUCAGGGAAGAUAGAUGAAAUAUCAAAUAUCCAAAUGAAUUUAGAAAACACAAAUACUGCCUUAAAAGCACAGGUCCAAGAACUUCAGGAGAAAGAACAUCAACUUCUUAGGGUGAAAAAUGAUCUCAGGGAAAAUAUGUAUCAAACAGAGCAACUGAAGAAGCAAUUAGAGACUCAGAAUUCCAUCCUGGAAAGCAUAGAAACAGAGAAGUUAAGGUUGACUCAGAAACUCCAUGAAAAUGUUGAAGAAAUAAAAUCUGUUACUAAGGAAAGAGAUGACCUAAGAAGAAUGGAGGGAACCCUCAAAAUGGAGCGAGAUCAACUCAGGGAAAGCCUCAGAGAAGCAAAAGCUAAAGAUCUGGAGAAACAAGAAGAACUAAGAAUAGCUCACUUGCAUCUGAAGGAGCACCAGGAAAUUAUUGAUAAACUCAGAGGGACUGUCUCUGAGAAGGCAGAAGAAAUAUCAAAUAUGCAAAUGGAUUUAGAAAAUUCAAAUGCUAAAUUACAAGAAAAGGUCCAAGAACUGAAAGCGAAUGAACAGCGGCUUUUUAAGUUAAAGGAGGAAAUUAGUGAGACCCAGAAAAAAAUGUCUGACAUUGAGCAACUGAAGAAGGACUUUAAGUGCCAGAGUUUAACUAUGAAUAAAAUAGAAAUGGAGAACUUAAAUUUGGCUCAGAAGCUUCACGAAAGCCUUGAAGAAAUGAAAUCUGUAAUGAAAGAAAGAGAUAACCUAAGGAGAGUGGAAGAGACUCUCAAACUGGAGAGAGACCUACUGAAGGCAGACCUUCAAGGAACCACAGCUAGGGAACUGGAAACACAAGAACAACUAAAAAUUGCUCAUAUCCAUUUGAAAGAACACCAAGAAACUAUUGAUAAAUUGAGAGAGAGAGUUUCAGAAAAGACAUCUCAGAUUUCAAAUAUUCAAAAGGAUUUAAAUAAAUCAAAAGAUGAAUUACAGAAAAAGCAGGAUCAACAGAACCACAAAGAGGUAAAAUAUGAAAAAAAGUUACUAUGUGAUGGAAACCAACACCUUAUAGGAAGCCUGAGAGAAAAGUGCUUUAGGAUAAAAGAACUUCUUAAGAGAUACUCAGAGAUGGAUAAUCACUAUGAAUGUUUAAAUAGAUUGUCUCUUGACUUGAAGACGGAAAUUGAAACCCAAAAAGAGCUUUCAAUUAGAGUAAAAGCAAACCUCUCACUUCCAUAUCCACAAACCAAACAAAUCCAGAAACUCCUCACUGCAAACCAGAGGUGUUCCAUGGAAUUUCACAGAGUUGUGAUGAAACUUCAGUAUGUGCUAAGCUAUGUUGCAAGGACAAAGGAAGAACAACAUGAAUCCAUCAAUAAGUUUGAAACAGCUUUUAUUGAUGAAGUGGAAAAGCAAAAUGAACUGCUGAUGGAAAUACAGCACCUUCAACAAGAUUAUGAUGUACCACCCAGAGAAUCAAGGGACCUCAAAUUGAACCAGAGCAUGGAUCUACAUAUCGAAGAAAUUCUUAAGGAUUUUUCAGAAAGUGAUUUCCAUAGCAUAAAGACUGAAUUUCAGCAAGUACUAAGUAAUAGAAAAGAAAUGACUCGGUUUUUGGAAGAGUGGUUGAAUGCUCAUUUUGAUAUAGAAAAGCUUAAAAAUGUCAUCCAGGAAGAAAAUGAUAGUAUUUGUCAAGUGAAUAACUUCUAUCAUAAGAAAAUAACGGCUAUAAUGAAUGAAUUAACAGAGUUUGAAGAAAGAAAUGCUACCAUAGCCAAAGAAUGGGAACAUGAUCUGAAAUCAGUGAAAGAAAACAAUGAAAAACUAUUUAAAAAUUACCAAACUUUGAAGCUCUCCCUGACCUCUGGUUCUCUUGGUAAUCCUACUACAGAAGACAGGAAUCUUCAUGUCACAACAAGAGCUACACAGCAAGUCACAGAGAAAAUUCAAGCGCUGGAAACAUCACUCCGUGAAGCUAAAGAAAGUGCUAUGCAUAAGGAGGGCAAGAUUAUGAAGAUGCAGAAAGAACUUGAGAUGACUAAUGAUAUAAUAGCAAAACUUCAACAGCAAGUUAAUGAAUCAAAUGAAUGCCUUGAAAAAACAAAAGAAAUGGUCCAAGUACUUCAGGACAAAGCUGCUUUAGGAGCUAAACCUUAUAAAGAAGAAAUUGAAGAUCUCAAAAUGAAGCUGGUGAAAGUAGACCUAGAGAAGAUGAAAAAUGCGAAGGAGUUUGAAAAGGAAAUUGCUUCAACAAAAGCCACUGUAGAAUAUCAAAAAGAAGUUAUAAGGUUAUUGAGAGAAAAUCUUAGAAGAAAUCAACAGGCCCAAGAUACAUCAAUGGUAUCAGAACAUGUUGAUACUCAGCCUUCAAAUAAACCCUUAACCUGUGGAGGGGGCAGUGGCAUUGUACAAAGCACGAAAGCGCUUAUCCUGAAAAGUGAAUACAUGCGGCUAGAAAAGGAAGUUUCUAAGUUAAAGCAGCAGAAUGAACAGCUCAUGAAGCAAAAGAAUGAACUGUCAAGUGAGGUCAAGACAUGGAAGGAGAGAACUCUUAAAAGAGAAGUUCACAAAGAAGUAACUUGUGAGAAUUCUCCAAAGUCUCCUAAAGUGACUGGGACACCUAAAAAGAGACACCAUAUGUCUUCUCAAUGCAAGGAACGGAAUAUCCAAGAUCCUAUGCCAAAGGAGUCGCCGAAAUCUUGGUUUUUUGAUAACCGAUCAAAGUCUUUGCCAGUACCUCCUCCAGUUCGCUAUUUUGAUAACUCAGGUUUAGGCCUUUGUCCAGAAGAACAAACUGCUGAAGUGGAGACCGAGAAUCCCCAGCCAGGUCCUUGGCAAAUGUCGUCAGGAAAAGAUGUGCCGGAGUGCAAGACUCAGUAGACUCCACUGUGCCGCUUUUCUGGCGGCCCCGCGUUCCAUGUUUGGAAAUGUCUGUUCAUGUCUUUAUGUGUCUGUCCCUGGCAGUCAUGUCACAGUCCAACUUCAGUUCAGUUCCCACUUUGCCACUAGGAUUGGAAGAUGAAAGAAUGGGAUGCAUUCCCAUAAUCUAGAAUGCUGAUAGCAAUAUACCUUCUUAAACGUGGUAAUCCUUUAGAAGAUGAAAAGUUUUAUUUAUUUAUAUGUUUUAUAAAGAAUAAAGUUAUUGAAGGAAAU